AUGACCAAUGAGAAAGAUUAUGGUGAUCAGGAAGAAAACACAUCAGAGGGGUCUUCCCAAUUGAAAUGCUCAUCCUUUGAUUUGAAUGAAGAAGCUGGUAGUGACAAUUGUGAUGAUACCAAGGUUGAAGAAUUCGAACUGAGUGUUGACGAAGACGACGAAAAAAGAGGUCAAGGGAAUAUCAAUAGUAGUACUGCCACCAGUGCUGAAGGAAAUGAAGGGCGGAGAGGGAAAGUAAGGCAAUAUGUGAGAUCGAAAAUGCCUCGUCUCCGGUGGACACCUCAACUCCAUCUUUCUUUUGUUCAUGCCAUUGAAAGACUCGGUGGCCAAGACAGAGCAACUCCCAAGUUAGUUCUUCAGCUCAUGAAUGUGAAAGGACUUAGCAUUUCGCAUGUAAAGAGUCACUUGCAGAUGUAUCGAAGUAAGAAGCUUGAUGGGGAUGGUCAAGUGGCAUCUGAGAAACGAGAAUCCACGCAUGGGAGGGAUCACAUAGCUUGCAUGUUGCACCAAACAAUUAAGCAGCCUCGUCAACAUGUAUACUUUAGAACGGACAACGGUGGCAUUGUUGUAGCGACACCUUCACACGACCACAGACAACCACUACACUCAGAUUUUAAACCUAACGUUCCAAGGUCAUCAUGUUCUUUACUAAACAAAGAAGUUGUACAAGGCAACAAAUCCAUGGAAAUGAUGGUGCGAUCGACUGCUGUCCCCAUAAACCCUAGCCGGUUUCUUGAGGAAAAGAAGUGGCCUCCAUUUGGAAUGAUUCACAAACAACAAUGUUGGAGAGCUAAAAGAUUUCCUACCAAAAUCAAUUGGUCACAUAAUUAUAAUGGCUCCCAAUCUGAUCAUUUAGUGCAUCAUAUGCGCACCACAGCAAGGUUGAAUAGUGGGCAGUUUUUCCACAAUACAAGAUCAACAGAAUGGAACCUUGGAGAGAACAAGAACACAAGGCGGUUUCCAUCAAAUUCACACAAUUCUAUCAGCAAUUCCAGUUGCCACAAAACUGAAUUCGAGCCCUUAAACGAAGAAAAGAUUUUGAAGUACAAGGAAUGGAUGCCUGAAUUGGAAUUGGGUCUGAGCCAAAGAGUUGAGAAUCAUGAGAAGACGAUUUUCCAACAUCAGAUGGUUAGUGAAGAAGCUUAUGAAACUGCCCAAAGAAUUAAACAAAACUAUUACAAAGAGCAUGAGGACAGGAGCAAGCAGGAAAUUAGCACCAAGCUUUCUCUCUCUCUCUAA